CUACCACUUACAUACUUUCCUUGUAAUUUCAUGGUGGAGCUCGUAAUUCUUUCCAUUUCUUUCUUCCUUUAAUUUCCCAUUGUUCUCUCUUUCAUUCGCGUUCAUAUCUCACUUUCUGGGUGAAAUGGCAGCCAACGGGAACGGACGUGUGAAUUUGGCGAACCGAGGUGCUGGUCGGAACGGACUAGCGAAGAUCCAGACGCAGACGAGGCAGAACGGAAUAUGCCACGACGACAGUGCACCUCCGGUGAAAGCUCAGACGAUCGAUGAGCUUCAUUCUCUUCAGAAGAAGAAGUCGGCGCCUACCACUCCCAUUAACGGGACUCAAGGUGCUUUUGCUGCGAUUUCCGAUGAAGAACGCCAGAAACAGCAGCUCCAGUCCAUUAGUGCCUCUUUGGCAUCGCUGACGAGAGAGACUGGACCAAAGGUGGUGAAAGGAGACCCAGCAAGGCAGUCUGAGACCCCAAAGGUGUCGCACGUUUCUCACCAUGACUAUUUCGCACCCACCAUUAGCGUCAGUGACAGCUCUUUGAAGUUUACACACAUCCUCUGCAACCUCUCUCCAGCCGAGCUAUACGAACAGGCCAUAAAGUAUGAGAAAGGGUCGUUCAUUACGUCUAGCGGUGCACUGGCGACCCUAUCUGGGGCCAAGACUGGUCGGUCCCCCAAGGACAAACGCGUUGUCAGGGAUGACACCACUGAGGAUGAUCUUUGGUGGGGAAAGGGUUCACCAAACAUUGAGAUGGAUGAGCACACGUUCAUGGUGAACAGAGAAAGAGCUGUUGAUUACUUGAAUUCUUUGGACAAGGUCUUUGUCAAUGAUCAAUUUCUGAACUGGGACCCUGAGAACAGAAUCAAAGUCCGGAUUGUCUCUGCCAGAGCUUACCAUUCCUUGUUCAUGCAUAACAUGUGUAUCCGACCCACUCCUGAAGAGCUGGAGAAUUUUGGUACUCCGGACUUCACUAUUUACAAUGCUGGACAGUUCCCGUGUAAUCGUUAUACACACUACAUGACAUCCUCUACUAGCAUAGAUUUAAACCUUGCUAGAAGGGAAAUGGUUAUCCUCGGCACCCAGUACGCCGGGGAAAUGAAGAAAGGCCUAUUCAGUGUAAUGCACUAUCUCAUGCCUAAGCGUCAAAUCCUCUCCCUCCAUUCUGGCUGCAAUAUGGGCAAAGAUGGAGAUGUCGCCCUCUUCUUCGGAUUGUCAGGUACCGGAAAGACUACUCUUUCUACUGAUCACAAUCGGUACUUGGUUGGAGAUGAUGAACACUGUUGGAGUCAGAAUGGUGUGUCAAAUAUUGAAGGUGGUUGCUAUGCCAAGUGCAUUGAUCUGUCAAGGGAAAAGGAACCUGAUAUAUGGAAUGCUAUCAAGUUUGGAGCUGUUUUGGAAAAUGUGGUAUUUGAUGAGCAUACACGAGAGGUGGAUUAUGCUGACAAAUCUGUCACAGAGAACACUCGUGCAGCCUAUCCCAUUGAAUACAUCCCCAAUGCCAAAAUUCCAUGUGUUGGCCCUCAUCCAAAGAAUGUUAUACUGUUGGCCUGUGAUGCUUUUGGUGUGCUCCCACCUGUGAGCAAGCUAAGCCUUGCGCAGACUAUGUACCACUUCAUUAGUGGCUACACUGCUCUGGUGGCUGGCACCGAGGAGGGCGUGAAGGAGCCACAGGCAACGUUCUCAGCCUGCUUUGGUGCUGCAUUUAUUAUGCUGCAUCCUACCAAGUAUGCUGCUAUGCUAGCUGCAAAGAUGCAGAAGCAUGGUGCAACAGGAUGGCUUGUCAACACUGGCUGGUCUGGUGGAAGCUAUGGUUCAGGGAGUCGUAUGAAGUUGGCAUACACUCGAAAAAUCAUUGAUGCUAUACACUCGGGCAGCCUCCUCGAAGCAGAUUACAAAAAGACUAGCGUGUUUGGGCUUGAGAUCCCAACUGAAGUCAAGGGUGUGCCUUCAGAAAUCCUGGAUCCAGUGAACACGUGGUCAGAUAAGAAGGCUUAUAAGGACACACUGCUGAAACUGGCUGGCCUGUUCAAGAGUAACUUUGAAGGGUUUAUGACUCACAAGAUCGGCAAGGAUGACAAACUGACCGGGGAAAUCCUGGCUGCAGGCCCUAUCGUCUGAUCUGGUGUGGUGAUGGAUGGAAAGAAAUAUGUAGGCUGUAACAAAAUGGAUGAAGUUAAACUAUGAGUGCAUGUAGAUGUAAAACUAUGAGUGCAUGCAGAUGUAAUCCUUUAUAUUAUUCAGUUGAAGUUUAAUUCCAUGUUUAGAGCGGAGCAGUCCACUCUAUGAUCCUUAUCAACAUUCCUACAUGUAAGAAGUGAUUUCACUAGGAAAUUUGCUAAUUUGACAGAAAUCAGGGAAUGGAAUUUGUUAUAUAAGCUCGAUACCAAACAACUCGAUGGAUUUUGAUGGUCUUAUGGCAUCUCUUACAUUUUGAAACCUGGCCAAGCUUUUAUUACGUUGGAGAGUCCUUGAUAAUAGAAAC